UCGUUGGGCACCCUUGGGGUGCUGAAGAGCACGUUGCGCCUAGUGAAGGACCCUUUUCGGUUUCCGCCAUCUAAGCGCUGGUGGUGGAUUGGACAUCAAGAUGCAGAUUUUCGUGAAAACCCUUACGGGUAAAACCAUCACCCUUGAGGUUGAGCCCUCUGAUACUAUUGAAAAUGUCAAGGCUAAGAUUCAGGACAAAGAAGGUAUUCCUCCUGACCAACAGAGGUUGAUCUUUGCUGGUAAACAGCUGGAAGAUGGACGCACCCUGUCUGACUACAACAUUCAGAAGGAGUCCACGCUGCAUCUCGUGCUGAGACUGCGCGGUGGUGCUAAGAAGAGGAAGAAGAAGUCCUACACCACUCCCAAGAAGAACAAGCACAAGAGAAAGAAGGUCAAGCUUGCUGUGCUUAAAUACUACAAGGUGGAUGAGAACGGUAAGAUCCACCGUUUGAGGCGCGAGUGUCCAGCAGAUGAGUGCGGUGCCGGAGUGUUCAUGGCCAGCCAUUUCGACCGUCAUUACUGCGGGAAGUGCUGCCUUACAUAUUGUUUCAACAAACCUGAAGAAAAGUAAAGUACAGCCCUGACAACAUGUCCUGUUCGACGCAGAAGAUCGUUAAUUCCGGAGUUUGUACUUUGUAAAUAAACGUGCUCUGUCACUAACAAAA